CGACCGAGGUACUUCUGGGUGUGGCGCAGCGCGGCCCAGGCAGGCGCGGUGGCGAGGCAGUACACGAUGGCGGCGGCCAAGAGCCAGCGGCAGCAGGCGCAGGCGCGCAUGACGCAGCUGGCGCUGGCCUCGGACGAGAGCACGGGGCGCGCGGCGUUCGCGGAGUGGCGCCGGGUGGCCCGCGAGCAGCGGCGCGGCAGGUUGCAGAAGCGAGCCGCCACCGCGGCGAGCCAGGCGGUGCACGAGGUCUCCGAGCGGGCCCUCCUGCAGGCGGCGCUCGACGCGUGGCGCCUGCAGACCAGCGAAGACCAGACGCACAAGCUGUUGCUGUCGAGCAGGGAGCGGUGCCGGUGCGUCCUCGAGCGGACCAUGCUGCAGCAGGUCGCGGCCCAGGAGGACGCGCUGCUGCCCAGCGUGUUCUUCGGCUGGUCGAGGCUGCGCGUUGAGGCCCGUGCCGAGCAGAUGCGCGGCCAAGCCGCGCGCGCGAUGGCGGUCGGCCAGGCGAUGGUGCUGAAGAACCAGCGGGCGGAGCUGGACUGGAUCCGCAGGGACUGCCUGAGAGGCACUGCACUGCGCUGCCUUGUGCAUUUUGCGCCGGCGUCCCUGGACUCAGGGUCGCCGCGCGAGGGGGCAGCGUUCAGGCAGUUCGCCUUCGGCUUCGUGGGGGUUAUCUGUUCCUGGGGACUUGAAAGCGGCCCCUACGCUUGGUCAGAUCCAGGCGAUGAUGGACACAUGAUGACGCACAUGACGACGAUGACAAACAGCGUCAAGACUGAGGUCACCAAACGCUUCGACGAUCAGGUCGGGGACAUAACGGAGCAGCCCACGGCGAACCAAGAGAUGAUUCGCAGGGUGGCGUCUCUUGCUAGCGGGGUUCAGGGGGGCGUGGUCGCUACGAGAUUCGAGAUCGCGAAACCCAGGGGGGAGAAGGUCAGCAGGGAGGACGUUACGAAGAUGAUCUCCCAAGCCAUGAAUCAAAAAGGACCUGCAAAGACCGCAGAGCGCCCGGGAGCACAACCUCUGAAGUGGGUCGAUUGGGACAACAACCCGAUGCCCAUGGAUAGUGUUGACCAGCUCGAGCGGACGGCAAUCUUCAAGGGUUUCCCGAAGGCCACCAAGGAGAGCAACAUCGUCGAGUUUAUCAAUGACUUCUUCAAGACGGCCAGGAGCACCGACAAGUUCCAGGACAAGGGCGACGGUGUGCUUGUCCGCGCGGAGACCAACUGCCAGAGCGCGGAGAGCAUGGGCUGGCCUUGCACGGGCAAGGACUUGCAGCUGGAGGUACUUCGCGCCUUGCGCGAGUGA